GUCCCACCACGUCCUCUCCUUUACCAAUCGCAAUGUGCCACACCAACACAUGCUGUCCACGAAGUUUCAGAAGAGAGAAUUACGUUUAGCUUGUUGAUUUGAAAAAGGUGUGAUGCUCGAACGUGGGUUCUGAAUGGUGUAUAGUUGAGAAUCAGUCUCGAAAAACGCGCGUAUUGUCAAAAACUUAAGCGCAAGAUGGGAUUUUCGCAGAGAAAUAUGUCGAUAGCGUCAUUAGCCUUACUCAUCAUUGCAACUUUCAUCGGCAUUAGCGAGGAAAUUGCCGUUAUGAGUAUCGAUAUUGGCAGUGAAUGGAUGAAGGUCGCUAUUGUUUCGCCUGGUGUUCCUAUGGAGAUAGCUUUAAAUAAGGAGUCAAAGAGAAAAACACCGGUUGCUAUUGCAUUCAGAGAUGGUGAAAGAUCUUUUGGCGAGGAUGCUCAAGUGGUUGGAGUAAGAUUUCCUCAGAACACCUUCUCUUAUAUCCUAGAUCUUCUAGGAAAGCCUAUAGACAAUCCGCUAGUACAACUUUAUCAGAAAAGGUUUCCUUAUUAUGAUAUUAUAGCCGAUGAUGAAAGAAAAACAAUAGCGUUUAGAUUAAACAAAAAUACAACAUAUACCCCAGAGGAGUUACUUGCACAAAUAUUGCACAAAGGCAAGGAGAUGGCUGAAGCUUCGGCUCAUCAGAAGGUCAACGAAGCUGUUAUCACUGUGCCAGGAUUCUUUAAUCAGGCGGAGAGAAGGGCUCUAAUUCAAGCUGCGGAACUUGCCGACUUGAAAGUAUUACAGCUUAUAAACGAUUACACAGCAGUCGCUUUGAAUUAUGGCGUGUUUGGCAGAACACAAAUAAAUGAUUCUGCGCAUUACAUUAUGUUCUAUGACAUGGGGGCCAGUAGUACUACUGCCACAAUUGUUAGCUAUCAAAAUAUGAAGACAAAGGAGAGAGGCUUUGUUGAAACCAAUCCUUAUGUUACUGUCCUGGGUGUAGGAUACGACCGUACACUUGGUGGAUUAGAAAUGCAAAUCAGAUUACAGAAUUAUUUAGCUAAGGAAUUUGAUGCUCUGAAGAAGACGCCAAAUUCAGUAUUCAACAGUCCAAGAGCAAUGGCAAAGCUCUUCAAAGAAGCUGGACGUGUCAAAACUGUUCUCAGUGCUAAUGCAGAUCACUUUGCGCAGAUAGAAAGUCUAAUAGAUGACAUUGACUUCAGAUUGCAAGUCACAAGAGAAAAGUUAGAAGAAAUAUGUGCUGAUUUAUUUGAACGUGUAGCAAAUCCUGUGAAAAUUGCCUUAGAAACUUCAGCUUUGACAAUGGAUGUUAUGUCACAUGUUGUAUUAGUCGGAGCAGGUACUCGCAUGCCAAAGGUACAAGAGGCAUUGUCCCAAUAUGUAAAGACAGAAUUGUCAAAGAAUGUAAAUACAGAUGAGGCGGCUGCUUUAGGAGCUGCGUAUAAAGCGGCUGAUCUUAGCAAAGGUUUCAAAGUCAAAAAAUUUGUUACUAGAGAUGCCGUGUUGUUCCCGAUUCAAAUAAUUUUUGAUAGGACUGUUGAAAAUAAGGUGAAACAGGUAAGGAAGACUUUAUUUAGCAGGAUGAAUCCUUUCCCACAAAAGAAAAUUAUUACAUUUAAUAAGCAUACAGAAGAUUUUGAUUUUCACGUGAAUUAUGCCGAGUUAGAUUAUUUACCUGCUAAUGAGAUAAUUUCUAUUGGCAAUUUAAAUAUAUCUUCUAUAUCACUGAGUGGCGUAGCUGAAGCUUUAGAAAAACAUGCGAAGGAAAGCGCUGAAAGUAAAGGAGUCAAAGCGCACUUUAACAUGGAUGAUAGUGGCAUACUGAACUUACUGAAUAUAGAAUUAGUUUCCGAAAAACCGAGCACUACUGUUGACGAAGAAGAGGGUACUUUCUCAAUACUUGGCUCAACUAUUAGUAAAUUCUUUGCAGGUUCAAAUGAGAAACCAAUAGAAAAGCCAGAGGAACCACCGAAAGAAGAUAUAAAACCAGUACAUGAAGAACCGGAAUCUUCAGAACCGCCAAAGGACGCAGAGGAAAAAAAGAAGAAUGAGACAAAAGUGAACGAAGAUAAAGCUGCAAAUAAGACCGAGAAAACAGACAAAGAAAAGAAAUCUACCAUCAUUCAAAUUAAGGAACCUAUCAGUUCAAGUGAAAUUAAAUUAGGAUCACAAAUCUUAUCUGGUGAAAAACUUACGGAAUCUCAAGACAAGAUAUAUCGUUUAAAUGUACAUGAUUCGGAGAAAACACGUCGCGAGACCGCACUGAAUAAUCUCGAAUCAUAUGUAAUCGACGCACAACAAAAGCUUGAUUCGGAAGAAUACUCGACUGCAGCUACUGACAAGGAAGCUGAAGAGAUUCGCAAAGCGUGCGCAGAAACGUCUGAUUGGUUGUACGAGGAUGGAUUUACUGCGACUGCGGAAGUGUACGAAGAAAAGUUGAUGGAAUUGCAAAAGUUAACCAAUGAUGUUUAUGAAAGAGUCUCCGAACACCGAGAUCGUCCGGAAGUUCUGAAGGGAAUGGUUUCAUUACUUAAUGGUAGUGCAUUGUUUCUGGAAAAUAUGCGCAACUUGAGUUUAACGACUGAGAUUAUUACACCAGUUGAAGUUGAGACGUUAGAAAAAACGAUCAAUGAGACACAGGAUUAUUAUGAAACUAUCCUUAAAUCAUUUGCGGAGACACCACUAAACGAGCCAGUGAAAUACAAAGCUCGUCAUAUCGCGAAUAAAAUGGAGUUACUUGACAGAGAAAUUAAAUAUCUUCUAAACAAAGUUAAAAUUUGGAGGCCAAAGCAGGAAUCCACGGCGAAUCAAACGACAGAUAAUAAGGCUGAGCAAACCGUAGAAGAAAAUGAAGAAGUUCCAACUGAAUCUGACACUACAAAAGAUGAAUCUGCAAAAGAAGAAACAGCGGAUAAUACAGCAGGACAAGAAUCGGAAGCGACAGACACUACGCAGGAGCCAUUGGUUGUACCGGAAAGCGAAGAACCGCGAUUAAGUGGUGAGCCAGUUCAGGACGAUGAGCAUCAAGAACUAUAAAAAAUAAUUUAUUUAAGAGAGUGUGUGAUUCUCUGUUAUUGAUCGACGAUACCACGUCGAUUUAGGCAAUUUUUGUAGAUUAUCUUUGUCGGUUGCAUUUAAGAUGUAAAAAAAUCAAAGCGGGAAUUUUUAUGCGUUGCUGUGGUUGGAUAAAUUAUUCCACAAAUGUGAAUAUAAGCUGUUCCAUUUAAUUAAUAAUAUGUAUUUAUACCAGGACACAAUAGUUUCAUUCACUAUUUAUUUAUUAUAAAGGAGUUAUCAAUACGAUUGAAAAGAUCCUAUCAAAGAUUAAUUUCCACAAUAAUUUAUUAUGUUACACAAGUGCCAAGCAAAUGCCGAUGCAGAUAUCCAUUUAUUCGAUAAUGAACAUGCACAUACAGAAUAGGUCAGUUCAGUGAGAGAUUUAUCUUAAAUUUUUACAAUUUUAAUGUAUUAAAUUUUUUAUUUUACAUAUUAAAUAUCUUUGCUGCAAA